UUUUAUUAAAUAGUACAGAGUAGUUGAACGUUAUUUUUUUAGAAAAAAAUACACGGUAUUGUCCUGAGAGAAAACGGAAUGUAUAUCCAAAAUGUGCUUCACGUGGGUUGGUAGUAGAUGGACAUGAGCUCUUAGUUUUUGGAGGAAUCCCAGCAAAUAAUCAAUAUUGUAACGAUUUGAAUGAGCAGGUCUCUAAAUGGGAAUGGAGAAAGUUGACACCAAAACCACCAGAAUUUCAACCUCUUCCUCGUCCACGUAUGGGACAAAGUUUUCAAUUAAUAGGUUCAAAGGUGUAUCUAUUUACUGGUGUCGCCAAUAUCAAUGGAAACUCCAAAAUUAUUUCUGGAGGUAACAGAAGAGACAGAAUAUUGGAACACUUAUGGGUUCUAGACACAGCAACGAUGAUUGAGAUGGAGGUGAAAACAUCCGGGAUAAUUCGCCUUUUAAGAUGUUUGCGUUCAUCUUCUGUGGUUGGGCAUAGAAUGUACGUUUUUGGAGAUAGAGUUCUAGUUAGUACUAAUAAUCAAGAAUCAAUGUGUACCAAUAGUUUGGAAUGUUCAAAUUUGGUAAGAAUGAAUUGGGAUGAGGUAGAUAUUCUAGUUAGCCCAAAAGCUAGUUUAUCAUGUGCCAGAUCAAGUCAUUGUGCAAUUGGUAUUGGAAAUAAGAUAUAUAUUUGGUCAGGAGAGGAUACGUUUCAUGGGGUAUGGAAAUCAAAGUAACAAGAUUCUAUUACAUUCAAUGUGUUUCUUGUUUAGGAAUGUUUCCAAGAUUUGUGGUUUUGUGAAAUUAUUAAACCUCCUGCAUCACAUUGUGUUAAAUGGGUUAAAGCAAUUACAAAGAGUAUAGCGACUACAGAUGGGCGAACAACACCAACAAAAAAUGAUUUGAUAGAAGGUGCUGAAAAUGUACCACUUAAACAGAUUGAAACAAGAAAAAAUGAGAAAUUGGACUUGGACAUGAAAUCAAAAUGUGAUCCCUUGAAUAACUUGGUACUGUGGAAAUACGUACCUAAUCCUACUGGAUUUCUACCCUUUCCAAGACAUGGACAUCGAGCAAUUGCAAUUAAAGACUUGAUAUUCGUCUUCGGUGGCGGCGAAAAACGCCUGUUUAACGAUCUCAUGGUAUACUACAUAGAAAAAAAUAUAUGGCUUUGUCCCAAGAUUACAGGGAAUGUACCCCCAGAAUGUACUGCACAUGGUUUGGUAGUAGAUGGAACUAGGCUGUUAGUGUUUGGAGGAUUGUUAGAAAAUAAUCAAUUUAGUAAUGAUCUGUAUGAAUUGAAGGCACAAAAAUGGGAAUGGACAAAAUUGGCACCAAAGCCACCAAAAUCCGGACCUCUUCCUUAUCCACGAUUCGGACACAGUUUUACAUUAGUAAAAUCAGAAGUAUACCUAUUCGGUGGUUUGGCUAAUAUCGGUGUUCCGAAAUUCUUGAAUGAUCUUUACACUUUAAAUAUUCGCAAUAGCCCUUUGGAAUGGGUUAUCCCUCAGACAAAAGGGUCAUCACCUCCUCCUAGAGAAUUUCAUACUGGGGUGGCUUACAUUGACCAAAAAGGUCAUUCAUUCUUAGUUAUUUAUGGUGGAAAGAACGGUUUAAUAUUAGGAGACUUAUGGGUUCUAAAUAUAGAAACCAUGUCUUGGAUAGAGCCAAAAACAUCCGGGAUAGCUCCUCUUCCAAGAUAUUUCCACUCAUCUAUUGUAAUUAGAAACAGAAUGUUUGUUUUUGGAGGUAGAGUUUCAGUUGGUACUGACGAUCAAGCAUCAGAAUGCACAAAUAAUUUAAUAUGUUUGAAUUUGGAAACAAUGAAUUGGGAUAAUCUAGUCAUUCAAGUUGACCCAAAGGCUAAUCUACCGUGUGCUAGAUCAGGUCAUUGUGCAGUUGGGAUUGAAACUAGGAUCUACAUUUGGUCAGGACAAGACAUGGACCAAAAGAAAUGUCUCCAAGAUUUAUGGUUUGUUGACGUAGAUAAACCUCCACCACCAACUGGAUUAAGAUGGGUUAAAAAUUUCAUAUUUACAUGGAAGAAUCCCUUAUUUGUUGAUUAUAACAUGCUUGAGAUUGAAAAAGUUAGCUUGCCAUCGCCUCCGCCCUAUUCUCCAACGAUGUCACCAGCAUCUUCACUAGGAUCUACACCAGAAUCAUCACAAGCAUCUACACCCGAAUCAACACGAGCAGAUAUACCAGAAUCAUCACGAGCAUAUAGACCAGAAUCAUCACGAGCAUCUACACUCGAAUCAUCACGAGCAGAUAUACCAGAAUCAUCACGAGCAGAUAUACCAGAAUCAUCACGAGCAUAUAGACCAGAAUCAUCACGAGCAUAUAUACCAGAAUCAUCACGAGCGUCAUCAACAUAUAAAGCCGAAUCAGAUACAUCAGAACCCGAAUAUCUGUUUGCACCACAUCCAAACUAUAAGUUUAUUAUGAUGGUAGCGCGCAAUGAGGCUAUAAGAAAAAAACAGAGAAAAAAAUCAAAUUCUCUAAAAGAUAAAGGUAUAUUAUCGAAACUAAAACUUUCCUCAGCAAAAUCAAAAAUAAAGAUAAAAGUUUCUUCCUUAAUUGGGAAACGUCCUAUGCCUAAGAGUAAAGCGGUACUUGACAGUUCAACACCUAAUGUAAAAUCAAUUAAAAAAGUUAAAACAAAGAAAAAAGUGAUAAAUUCAGAAAAAUAACAUGACCAUGUGUAAAUAUAGUCAUGUACUUGUUCAAAAUCUUUUUAUUACUGUGUAUAGUUUCAUAUUUAUGAUAUAUUUUUUCCAUUUUUGUUAUAUUAUAAAAGUUUGUUCAGAGUUAAGGUUCUGCCGACAUAAUUUCUAGAAAUUGUCAUCUAUUUUCAAGGAAUAUUUAUCAUGACAAUUUAUAAUAUAAGUAAAACUAUAAUAUAGUGAAAUCCAUUAGUCAAACCUAUUUAGUAUAAUCUCAUUUGCUUAAUAGCAAAAAUACUUAUAGUCAUUAAAACUCAUAUAGACAUAUAUUUUAUAUAAAUCCAAAAACAAAAUAUUUCUGGGGUGCAGUACCUCCUGUUCGGUUAAAUUUAGAAAAGAAGUAUCAAUUUCUGUGAUUUUUGGAAAUUAAAGAUUAAUAAUUGAAGAUUAA